AUGUAAGAUAAGAAAACAAUAUUGACUUUGAUUACAGCUAUUGCGACAAUUGAUUUUUCCACUCUAUGGUGCAAGGUUGACACAAGACUGUCCACAAGCGGGAGACAUUAUUUGUACACCAGACUUGGCCAUCCGACUAGAACCAGUCUUGAGGCUAAACUUUCUGCUAUUGGCUAAGUUUAGUUCACUCUUUCAGCAAACGACAUCUUAGCAAUCUAUUAUAGUCUUUCACUCUUGUUUGUCGAAAAUGACGAGAUCAUUAUCCUAAGCACAAGAGAGCAAUUCAAAAAUAUGAUGCGAAGAAUAUUUGAAGGAUAGCAAAUGGGAUUAAAACUCCAUUAUUCAACUAAUACCGAAGAUGCUUUAAAUAAGAUUACACCUCAAUCUAAGCUAAUUAUUGCUGAAAGAGUGCAGCCUUCACCUGAUGGUUUCAGUAUCUUUGAACAUAGCAAAGUCUACGAGGCAUCAAAAUCUAAGAAUAUCAUAUUUGCUCUUGACAUGUCAAACUGUAUUGGGGAUAUCAAGUAACUUCACAAGAUUUCUGAUGUCGAUCUUCUUAUUGCUGAUCUGACUUAUUUCAAUGGCUGUGAUGGGGUUAGAAAUGGAGCAAUGAUGACUGAUAGACAGGAUUUGUAUGAGAAAGUCAAAGUUAAUGUGAAUUCUAUUGGUAAUGUAACUCAGCCGAUGGCAGCUUAUUUGGCUAGUAGAGGUCUCAAAACCCUCAGCAUCAGACUAGACUAGCAAGCCAAAAACGCUGAAGCUAUAGUUGAGCAAUUUCUAAAACCUAAUGACAUAUAAUCUCAUUUAUAUGGAAAUAUGAUACUCAUUCCUUGCACUUUGGAUAAUGAUUUGCUUAGUGAGUUAAAAGAGAUUAGAUUGAAAUAAGGCAAUAGCAAUUUCAGUCAUAUUGAGAAAAGUGAAAGAUAUUUCGUUGUUCAUGUUGGCAUAGAUGAAUAUGAAGAUAUAGCUAAGGAAUUAUUGACGAUGAUAAGUAAAAUUUAAUCAGCCAACGAUCAGCAAAAGCUGUGA